UUCUUCCGCGUGGCCCGGGGCGGCGGCCCGAAGUCCAGCAGCCUGGGCAGCCCCAUCGGGCGUGGAUGUAGGAUGGCAGUGCCCGGUGGCUCUGGGGGUCCAAUCGGACCCGGAGCUGUGGCCGGGGGCACUCGAUCCAAGGUGGCUCUGAGCGUGGACUUUGAUCACAGCUGCUCAGACAGUGUGGAGUACCUGACGCUCAACUUCGGGCCCUUCGAAACCGUGCAUCGCUGGCGGCGCCUCCCGCCCUGCGACGAGUUCGUGGGUGCCCGGCGCAGCAAACACACAGUGGUUGCAUAUAAGGAUGCCAUCUACGUGUUUGGUGGAGACAAUGGAAAGACGAUGCUCAACGACCUUCUGCGGUUCGAUGUGAAGGACUGCUCCUGGUGUAGAGCCUUUACCACUGGCACCCCACCAGCACCCCGCUACCACCACUCUGCCGUGGUCUACGGGAGCAGCAUGUUUGUCUUUGGGGGCUAUACUGGAGACAUUUAUUCCAAUUCUAACUUGAAGAAUAAAAAUGACCUCUUUGAAUACAAGUUUGCAACUGGCCAAUGGACAGAAUGGAAAAUUGAAGGACGGUUGCCAGUUGCCAGGUCAGCCCAUGGGGCCACGGUGUACUGCAACAAGCUGUGGAUUUUUGCUGGCUAUGACGGCAAUGCCAGGUUGAACGACAUGUGGACAAUUGGCCUCCAAGACCGAGAGCUCACGUGUUGGGAGGAGGUUGCCCAGAGUGGCGAGAUCCCGCCGUCCUGCUGUAACUUCCCCGUGGCUGUGUGCCGGGACAAGAUGUUUGUAUUCUCAGGGCAAAGUGGAGCCAAGAUAACCAACAACCUCUUCCAGUUUGAAUUCAAGGACAAGACGUGGACACGCAUUCCUACUGAGCACCUACUCCGGGGCUCCCCGCCACCCCCACAGCGACGUUAUGGACACACCAUGGUGGCCUUUGAUCGCCACCUCUAUGUGUUUGGUGGUGCAGCAGAUAAUACACUACCCAACGAGCUGCACUGCUAUGAUGUGGACUUCCAGACCUGGGAGGUUGUCCAGCCCAGCUCUGACAGUGAGGUCAGCGGUGCUGAGGUGCCUGAGCGGGCUUCUACUUGUGAGGAGGUCCCCACCCUGACCUCAGAGGAACGUGGUGGUCUCAAGAAGUCCCGAGAUGUGUUUGGCCUGGAUUUUGGAGCCACCUCAGCUAAGCAGCCUGCCCAGCCAGCCUCAGAGCUGCCCAGUGGGAGGCUCUUCCAUGCAGCAGCCGUCAUCUCUGAUGCCAUGUAUAUCUUUGGAGGCACCGUGGACAACAACAUCCGCAGUGGGGAGAUGUACAGGUUCCAGUUCUCCUGCUACCCCAAGUGUACACUGCAUGAGGACUACGGACGUCUGUGGGAGAGCCGCCAGUUCUGUGAUGUAGAGUUUGUGCUGGGUGAGAAGGAGGAAUGCGUGCAGGGCCAUGUGGCCAUCGUCACUGCUCGAAGCCGCUGGCUCCGCAGAAAGAUCGUGCAGGCACGGGAGUGGCUGGCCCAGAAACUGGAGGAGGAGGCACCCCUUAUUCCCAAGGAGGCCUCUGGAACGUCUAUGGGAAGGGUACGGCUGCCCCUGCUGCGUGUGGCCAUCCGUGAGGCUGAGGCUCGGCCCUUCGAGGUGCUCAUGCAGUUCCUCUACACAGACAAGAUCAAGUACCCGCGGAAAGGCCACGUGGAGGACGUGCUGCUGAUCAUGGACGUGUACAAGUUGGCGCUGAGCUUCCAGCUGUGCCGCCUCGAGCAGCUGUGCCGGCAGUACAUCGAGGCCUCUGUGGACCUGCAGAACGUGCUCACUGUGUGCGAGAGCGCUGCCAGGCUGCAGCUGGGCCAGCUCAAGGAACACUGCCUGAACUUUGUGGUGAAGGAGUCCCACUUCAACCAGGUGAUCAUGAUGAAGGAGUUUGAGCACCUCUCAUCCCCGCUGAUCGUGGAGAUUGUGCGGCGGAAGCAACAGCCGCCACCUCGCACACCCUCAGAUCAGCCUGUCGACAUCGGCACAUCUCUGAUCCAGGACAUGAAGGCAUACCUGGAGGGAGUAGGAUCAGACUUCUGUGACAUCACACUUCUUCUGGAUGGCCAUCCACAGCCAGCCCACAAAGCCAUCUUGGCUGCUCGCUCUAGCUACUUUGAGGCAAUGUUCCGGUCCUUUAUGCCUGAGGAUGGACAAGUGAACAUCUCGAUCGGGGAGAUGGUGCCAAGCAGGCAGGCCUUUGAGUCCAUGUUACGCUACAUCUACUAUGGCGAGGUCAACAUGCCCCCUGAGGACUCCCUCUAUCUGUUUGCGGCCCCCUACUACUAUGGCUUCUACAACAACCGACUGCAGGCUUACUGCAAGCAGAACCUGGAGAUGAAUGUGACCGUGCAGAAUGUGCUACAGAUCCUGGAAGCAGCUGACAAGACACAGGCACUGGACAUGAAGCGUCAUUGCCUGCACAUCAUCGUCCACCAGUUCACCAAGGUCUCAAAGCUGCCCACGCUGCGCUUGCUGAGCCAGCAGUUGCUGCUGGACAUCAUAGACUCGCUGGCCUCCCACAUCUCAGACAAGCAGUGUGCAGAGCUGGGUGCUGACAUCUGAGGAUCUCCACAGGGCUCUACCAGUCUGGAGAAUGAUGCCUACCUGGCUGGCCAUAUCCAUGCACAUGUGGGGGCCAGAGGUUCUCCAGGGAGCUGAGGUGUCACAGGGGCUUCGCAAGGCUACAUUUCACUUAGGGCACAGGUCCCAGAGGGAGGUGACUGUGAAAGACCUUUCCAGCUUGUACCUCUCCUAGAUGGGAGGCAAGGGUUCAGUGACUGGGAUGUCGCAGGAUACAAAGGACCUGGCCACUACACAGCUGUAAGGAGCUGCAAGUGUGGCUCUGGGGCCAGAUGUAUGCAGGCUUUGGGUCUCCUGCAGGUGUACUGACUCCAGCCACUGGAUCUCAAUGCAUUGCCCUGUGUGUGUGUGUGUGGUGGGGAGUGGACAGUUACUUCAGCAUCUGGCUGCAACUUCCCCAGACCCCAAAGUCAGGACUUUUCACCCCAGUGGAUGGGUGCCAGUGACAGUGGUGGGGUAUGACCCUGGAGAUGGAUUCUGGAGGGACAAGCCCCAUGGAUCUGCUCCCAGUCCACAGGACAGCCAAGCUGGGUUGGACCUAGCUCUCAAAGGAGCUGCAUUUUCAGGCCCAUUUGGGCCAGGAGGAAGUAAGCAGAGAUGCCCCCUGUGUUUAUUCUGUCAGACACACUUCCAUUAAAGCCACAGUUGUGCUAUCUGUA